AUUUCUGCCACUGAGACUUCAUUCGACAUCGACGAGCUACUGAUCAAGACGUACAUCAAGCAUCAAGAUGGGAAAACAGACACGUGAACGUCAACUGAAACUCGAAGCCAGAAUUGUGAAGCUGAAAAGUCGAGAAAAAGAACUCCGAAUCUCGAAAGAUCGAAUUGUGGCCAGGUUUGAGCGCACGUGCCAACUUUUAAGACGACUGAACCAGCUACGAGAAGAGCAGUGUGAGUUGUUGAAGGAGAAAUUCCGAUUGACGUUGCAUCUGCAAGUCGACUCCGAAGUUCAGUCACGUGUUCAAAGAGAAUUACAACAAGUCAGGACUUUACAACAACAAAUCAUGGCUAAAGCAGCUCAACAGGACCACGCUAAGGAGAACGUCGCCGGCAAUCAGGAUUGUGCCUCAUCUAGCAAUGUCGUAGACAAAAUGCAGCGAAUGGAAAUUGAGCUACGAUGCGGUAUCUGUUCGGAGCUCAUGGUGUCUGCCACAACGUUAAACUGCAUGCACACAUUCUGCCAAUACUGUGUCACUCAAUGGAAGAAUUUUGAAAAGAAUAGAGCACCUAUUGUCGGGUGUCCAGUCUGCAGAGAAUCGAUCACUUCAGAAAGGAGGAACUUCUCGAUGGACAACAUUAUUGGCAUCAUCGUCGAUGGCUAUUCCGAGGAUGAGAAGAAUAACAGAAAGGAACUGAUGAAACAACACCAAGAACUGUCCCGAAAUUUGUUGACUGGUGAACGUCAACCCAACACAUCCAAUCCAUUUUAUCAGAUAACUAACCGCAACGUUUUUAUUGGAGAGAUGCGAGUUGAAGAAAUGCCAUCACUUCCACGGAUUAACUUACAAAAUGUUACUCGUCGCCGUUCUCUGUCGUCAGUGACAUCUCGCCCUGCUACCGUUCGUAGACUUCAACAAGGGUCGGUGAGACCACGUUGGCGUUAACUUUUGUGAUGUCAAUUUAUUUAAAAAGCUGUAUAUUAUAUGCUAGUUGCUAUAAUUUUAUUUGUAUUAAUUUUCAGAUUUAUUACGAUUUUCCUUUCCAAACUAA